AUGGAUGAGAAACGAAAAAGAUCUGAUGAGACUAAUUUGGAUUUGUGCUUGAAAACUCCAACUCAAGAUGAACCAAUUAAUAAAGUUCAAACAUUGGAAGAAGCAAUGAAUUUUGAACUCAAGCAUGGUCAUGUAGAUCCUAACGUAGAUUUGAAAAAGUCGAGAAGAAUCAUGUCAAACCGACUAUCAGCACAAAGAUCCAGGAUCAGAAAGAUUGAAUACACAGCUGAACUGGAAAAGAAAGUCAAAGAACUAGAGGAUACAAUAGCUUGGGCGAGAUCAGAAAUAGAAAAUGUUAAAGAUAGUAAAAAGAAGUUGAUGCUGGAGAACAAAAUGUUGCAAGCACAAUUGGAUAUUGUCACUGACAAAUCUAAUUUACGUAUUGCACAAACUCAAGAGUUGAAACUUGAGUUGAAGGAACUUGCAAAGACUCAGGAGAUUGGAGGACAAAGUUCCAACUUUUAUGAGUCUGAGUCAAUUGCAGAAAUAGACAUGGAUCAGUAUCUCAACUUUGAUGCCAUGAACUUUUACCCACCCAGAAUUGACGACCUGUGA